AUGUCUGUGGUUGAGGAGGAUGACAACGCAGAGCACAACAUCUCGCGAAUAUCUACAUCGCUUUCGCCGGCCUUGUUCGUGGACUUGCAGCAGAAAAUAAAGACGUUGGAGAGGAAGCUCGCGUCGCGUGAAAAGGACCUCACGAGCACCAGAACUGCGUUGCAGAAAACCGAAGCCGACCUGAAGGAGUACUGGAAGGAGGCUCAGUUGCGCAAAAGGGAAGUUCAGGCGCUGGAGACGAGGCUCGAGGAGAUGAGGAAAGAACGAGACCUUGCACUUGCCGAGAACAGGAGGAUUGUGAAUGACCGCAAGUUUCUGACGCGCUCACUUGCACGAUCGCGAGACCAGUUGGGUGUCGUGGAGCUACAGCGACAGCAGGAGGCGAUGUCCCGGGCGAAGGUUGAGGAGGAAAAGUUGGAGAAAGAGAGAGAAAUUGACGCAGCGAAGAACAAGAGCCGCAUGCUGGCAAGCACGCAGUCGUCGUUGACUAGCCAGAUCGCUAUUGAGAGGGAACGUAGAUGGAAAUUGAAGAAGGCUGUGAGAGAUAAACUGAAACGAGUGGAGGCUAAGGAGACCUUCAUGAAGAGCGUUGUAAUCGCGAACAAGCGCAUCUUUCUGGAUGACCACAGUAUGACCGCUGAAGCCUGGGAGGAUAAGUUGGCUGAAGAACGCGGCCGAACAGAAGAGGCACUCAAGCAGUUGGAACGUGCUAACGCACUCGCGUCGAGGCUGGAAGAGGCGCUUAUUGGCAAGCAAUCGGCGAAAGACCAGAUGCAGUACCAGCUAAGAGAACUGCAGAGUAGUCAAACCUGGACGACCACUAGUCCCACACAAACUCCUGGACCGGCUCCGAUCGGUACAUUCGCGGUGAACAUCUCCUUGUCACCUAUAGGCUCCGCAUCGGCUGGUCUCACUACCUCAAAUGCAGACCCCAAUAAGUUGCUCAUAACGAGGCUAUUCCUUGUAUUGGAAACUACGCCUCCCGAAGUGCUGAUCAACGCCACAGUGGACGUGCGGUUUCACAUGGAAGGACCCAGGGUUGUUCUGAACGACUUGAACCACUUCCCAUCUGAUGUACGGUCUUUUAUCGAAAGUACCAUCGUCACAUAUAUGCCGCCUGACGAGAUCCAGAUCAACAUUAGAUCACCAGUCGUAUUCAGUGUUACGCUCCAUCGUGCUUCGUCCCGAAGGAGCAUGGCAGUUCGCGAGGCGCUGCUUUUCAAUGCUGUUUAA